CCCUUCUGCUCCACCCAUAUCUCACCUGCGCCGCUGAGGAAACGCCAUCUGAGGAGGACAACGGAUCUCAUCUAUCCCACAUACAUUUCGAAGGCACAGACCUACUUCUCAACCCCGGAACCGCACCCCACCAUCACCUGGCCCAAAUCUAUGCCCGCGCAGCGCAAUCAACUCACACUCCGUCUUCGCUCUCCAAACCCGUCCUCACAAAACUCACUUAGCAAGUGAGCAGGAUGGGGCAAACUCUCUCUGAGCCUGUGGUCGAGAAGCAUUCGGACAAUGGCGAGGGCGAAACGCUCAUUUACGGUGUCUCUUCGAUGCAGGGCUGGCGUAUCAGCAUGGAGGACGCGCACGCCGCCGUUCUCGACUUGCACGUGGACGGCGCUGAGACAAGCAAUAAGGUAGCUUCGACUCCUCUGGACCAGCGGCUCAGCUUCUUCGGCGUGUACGAUGGACACGGAGGUGACAAGGUGGCUAUCUAUACUGGGGAAUUCCUUCACAAGAUCGUCGCGAAGCAGGAGGCCUUCAAAAAGGGUGACAUUGAACAAGCCCUGAAGGACGGCUUCUUGGCCACUGAUCGAGCCAUUCUUACCGAUCCUAGGUACGAAGAGGAGGUAUCUGGAUGUACGGCGUCUGUCGGCAUCAUCUCGAAGGACAAAAUUUGGGUGGCGAAUUCUGGUGACUCUCGGAGCGUCUUGGGCGUGAAGGGCCGCGCAAAAGCACUGUCGCAUGACCACAAGCCGCAGAACGAAGGAGAAAAGGCACGGAUCCAGGCGGCCGGUGGAUUUGUCGACUUCGGCCGUGUGAACGGCAAUCUGGCACUUUCCCGCGCUAUUGGUGACUUUGAGUUCAAGAAGAGCGCCGACCUCCCCCCCGAGCAGCAAAUCGUCACUGCGUUCCCCGACGUAAUCACACAUCAGCUCUGCGAAGACGACGAAUUCCUCGUCAUUGCGUGUGAUGGUAUCUGGGAUUGCCAGUCCUCCCAAGCUGUGGUCGAAUUCGUGCGACGCGGUAUCGUAGCGAAGCAGGACCUGUCUGUCAUAUGCGAGAACAUGAUGGACAACUGUCUUGCCUCCAACAGCGAUACUGGCGGCGUUGGCUGCGAUAACAUGACCAUGAUUGUCAUUGGUCUUCUCCAGGGCAAGACAAAGGAGCAAUGGUACAAGGACGUUGCCGCGAGAGUAGCCGAGGGCGAUGGGCCAUGUGCCCCCCCUGAGUAUGCGGAGUUCCGUGGUCCAGGGGUGCACCACCGCGUUGACGACAGUCCCGAUGAUCUCGAUAUGGACUAUGACCAUCGCUUCCGUCCCAACAGUGGGUUGGGCGGUCGCAUUAUCCUUCUGGGAGAUGGCACCGAGAUCACGAGUGAGUCCGCGGACAGUGAGAUGUUUGAUCAUGACGAGGAGGACAAAGAUUUGGAUCAUCAGGUUAACCCACAUGAUUCAGUACCGAUUGCUGGCUCUGGCCACAGCGGUGCCGCAGUCCGAAGCAUCCGCGAAGCGACUCCGGGUCCUAAAUCGACGAACGAAUCUUCCAACUCUCCCUCUUCGACCGGCACUGAGAAGUCAGAGACAGUCCAAGAGCCAAAGCCAAUUUCUCCGACCGAUAGCCGUCUUCCGGAGAAAAUUGUCGAGGGUGUGAGUGAAAAGUAGAACCACCAACACAUGGCUCGCUUUCCACUGCCCUCAAGUACAAAAGGUUUCAUGUUUCUUCAAGCUCACGAGGCAUGCGGCAGGGCGAACUUUACGGAUUGUUUCAUGUCACUCGGGGAAAGGUCGUUACGAAAUGGAGGCUCCACAAGUCGAAGAAGAAGAAGAGGAAGUUUGACGAUGAUGAUGGGUCAUGAGGAACAACGGCCAGUCUACGGCGUCACACUUUUGGGGAUUAUGCCAUGAUACCGGACGCAGCCACGUCGAUUUCUUCCCCUUAGUGUUUUCUCUCAAUUCAAUCCUGUCCCCCUCGGUUUUGUAUUGCUCGCUAUGCGAGUAUCUUGGUGGGAGGUGCUUCUCUUGAUCAUACUCCCCUGCAGCAUCCUGUCUGGUUAUAGCGGAGUUGUCUCCUUGCACCCCCUGGUUUUGUCAGCGAUAGAGAUAGGUAUAGGUGGGCACCCUAACAUUGAAGGGC